GCAGAGCGGCCAGGAGGAGGGUGGAUCUCCUGAGAGCGGAGCGCCCGGAGUCCUCCUCCACCUCCUCCUGCCGCCCAGGCUCCACCGCCGCCUGUCGGACUCCUCCUUUUGCCGCUCCCGGCGCGGAGCCUCCUAGACUGCAAGAGCGGAGCACUGUCCGGCUGGAGCCAGCUCAGCCGCGGCUUCCGGAGCCCACGGGGCUGCUGACCGGCUUGCCGUGCAGAUUCUUCUUAAUCCUUUGGUGAAAACUCUGUGACACAAGAUGGCUGCAAAUAAGCCCAAGGGUCAGAAUUCUUUGGCCUUACACAAAGUCAUCAUGGUGGGCAGUGGCGGUGUGGGCAAGUCUGCUCUGACUCUGCAGUUCAUGUAUGAUGAGUUCGUGGAGGACUACGAGCCAACCAAAGCCGACAGCUAUCGGAAGAAGGUGGUGCUGGACGGGGAGGAAGUGCAGAUUGACAUCCUGGAUACAGCUGGGCAAGAAGACUACGCUGCCAUUAGAGACAACUACUUCCGCAGCGGCGAGGGCUUCCUCUGUGUCUUCUCCAUUACAGAAAUGGAAUCCUUUGCAGCCACAGCCGACUUCAGGGAGCAGAUUUUAAGAGUAAAAGAAGAUGAGAAUGUUCCAUUUCUGCUUGUUGGAAACAAAUCAGAUUUGGAAGAUAAAAGGCAGGUUUCCGUAGAAGAGGCGAAAACCAGAGCCGAUCAGUGGAACGUUAACUAUGUGGAAACAUCUGCCAAGACGCGGGCCAAUGUUGACAAGGUAUUUUUUGAUUUAAUGAGGGAAAUUCGGGCCAGAAAGAUGGAAGACAGCAAAGAAAAGAAUGGAAAAAAGAAGAGGAAAAGUUUAGCCAAAAGAAUCAGAGAAAGAUGCUGCAUUUUAUAAUCAGAGCCCAAACUCCUUUCUUAUCUUGACCAUACUAAUAAAUAUAAUUUAUAAGCUUUGCCAUUGAAGGCUCAAUUGACUGAAAUUACUUUAACAUUUUGGAAAUUGUUAUGUAUCUCUAAAAGCAUGAAUUGGAACUUCACUGAAAGUCAAAUUCACUUAAAAAGAAAUUAAUGUGGCUUCACCAAGAAGCAAAGUUCAACUUAUUUCAUAAUGGCCUACAUUUAUCACGGUCCUGAAUGUAGCGUGGGCGCUUGUGUUUUGCCGGCAGUCUUUCUUGAACUGUUCGAGAGGUGAGAAUGGGGGUGGACAAUGGGAGGAAAGGCUACUUCCUCUGGUUUAUUAUAAAGCUUAAAUUUUAUAAUCAUUUUAAAAUGUCUUGGUCUUCUACUGCCUUGAAAAAAAAAAUGACAAUUGUGAACAUGAUAGUUAAACUGUACCACUUUUUUUUUUAACCAUUGUUAUGCAAAAUAUAGAAGAAAAAGUGACUGGCAUGAUUGUUGCAUAUAGUUCAAUUGAGAGUAAUUCAUCUGUGAACCUGCAUUAAUUACCUGGUGAUUAACUUAGAAAAGUGGUGUAAACUUGUACAUGGAAAUUUUUUAAUAUGCCUUAAUUUAGAAACUGAAAGAUACCUGGUUACAUCAUUCUGGGUUGUAUCUUCAUGGUGCCGUGGGCCCACUGCCCACGUGUCCCAGUGAAAGAAUAUAUGUCAGGAUGGAGGACAACUUUUGUAUAGAAGAUGCUCAAGAAAUAACUGCUAGAGUCUGUCCAAAUGUAAAAUGUGUGCCAUACUCUGGUUCUUGAAAAUGAAGUUCCAGAGCUCCUUGAUUGCUUUUAAUUAACUGUAAGGUAGUUUAAAAAUGAAGGACCAGCAUAUACUUGUAAGAUAAUUUUAGACUAUGAGGAUUCAGUAUGUCUCAGUGAACCCUUAUUCUUUAGGAUGCUGAUCCCUGAAAAUCCUUUUAUGCAAGUGGUGAGUACGUGUUAAGAUUUUAUUCUGUUUGGAGCAGGGCAUAGGAAAAGUGUCCACGGUGCUAAUGCGCUUUGCACUAGACCACUUCGGGAAAAUAGCUGUCCU